GGAAAUUACCAAUUGUGACUUUUCGCCCUUUCACUUCCUGUUUUCUGACUACAAACUUAAUACUUUGUUGGAGAGGAAAAUAGCAUCAAUAUGGCAGUUAAUAAAUGUUCAGCGAAAUUCCUUUACAAUAUAAAAGAAACACAGAAGGCCAUUACUGAGGAAGAGGCAAACUUCUUGCGGAUUAUCAAUCUUAUGCUUAGAGUAGCUCCACAAGCAGUAAGAGUCCAGUUUGACCACGAGUUUCUCCCCGGAGGAUUACAAAAAGUUCUAAAUCAGAAUAAAUUUGAGGUUCUUAAUCCACUGAAGGCAAAACGCGUAAUCAAUCAGAAACAGUGGGAUUUAUUAUUUCCUAGAACAGGUGAAGCUUCUUCUGAUAGUUUUGACCUAACCUUAAUGGUCUGUCUUUUGAGAAACCUAGCUGAUAUUCCCAUCGGAGAUCUCCUCCCACUUCCGUUAGACGUGAGCUUAGCAGCUGAUUUGUUCAGGAUGAAGCAUAAUAGAAAUUUAGUAGCACACUCCGAUACUGCAACAUUAUCUAACAUAGAAUUUCAAGAGAUGUGGACUAACAUUAGCCAGGCUGUUGUACGUCUAGGCGGUAUCGACUUUCAACAAAUUUGUAAUGACCUGAAAGUUUCCAGACUAGACAAAAAUGAUAUGGAAAUAUUGAAUGAGUUCAGAAAUAAUGAAAGGUCAAUCAAUCCAAUUUCAAAAGGAUUUCAAGAUUUACUUGACAAUAUAAUUGAUGAAUGGAAGAAACUGGAUAAGCAAGUGGUAGAAAUAUCAGCUAUUCAACAUCUGAAAGAACUUGCCACAACUGCAGAUACCAUAGCAGUGAUUGGAUCUCCCGGCUGCGGAAAAUCAACUGCUGUGCAUCAUCUUGCACUACAAUUGCAUCUUUUUCAAGAUUACGACAUUAUUGAUAGUCAUGAUCCCAGGGAUAUGAGAACUUAUUUUAACCCUGAUAGGAAACAGAUUUUUGUCUUCGAUGAUGUUUAUGGAAAAUAUAUGUUAGAACAGACGAAAAAAGAAACUUGGUCGAGACUGUCAAAAGAUAUUAACACGAUCUUGCGAAACAAAACUGUUAAGAUUUUUUCAUCCUGUAGAACAUACAUAUAUAAUCAAAUUGAAAAAGACGAUGAUAUCAUUUUCAGAACUACUUGUAACUUGUUGUCAUAUGAAUUCAAAUUAACUGUUGAUGAAAGGGUCCUUAUGGCAGGGAAAUACCUUCCUAAAGAUGUGGUUGCUUCCCUCAGGCUAACGGAAAACUUUGAUAAGUACGAUUUUUUCCCUCUCCUAUGCAAGCUCUCCUCUAACAAAACACCAGCAGAUAUAGAAAAAUUGUAUUCCCACCCUGUUGAUUUUAUUCGACAGGACUUAUAUCAUAUGAUGAUGCUGAGUGACCAAACAACUAUAGCUACAUUAUUCUUAUUUGUAAUUUACAACAACUGUUUAGCAAAAGAGCGUUUAUGCCGAAAGUCUGAAAUCAGAAACGUUUUACAGGAUUUGUCAAAAGAGUUCAAAAUACCCUAUGUUUUUUCUUUCAAGAUAGUGAAACAACAAUUAGAGUUUUUAAUGCAGUCUUACGUCAUUGAAACUGAAAAAAAGUACAAAGUAGUUCAUGAUAAAAUCUUUGAUAUCAUGAUUUCCUUUUUUGGGCAGUACAUGUUUGAUCUCGUUCUAGAGUAUGCUCAUUCAGAUGUAAUACGUGAUCGUUUUCAAAUUAAAUCCACAGGAGCGCCUAAAAAAGAAAAUAUGAUCAUCGUAUCUGCUGAAAUGGAAGGAGACUAUUUUGAACGCUUGUGCACAGAUAUAAAAAACGGUAAUGUCGAAAACGUAUUUUUGAAUCAUCAGUUACAAUACCAGCCAUUCCGGACAAAACUUAUUUCAUGGUUUGAAAUGAAUACAACCGAACUAGCAGGAUCAAUAGCAAUGCAUUCAAACAAAGAGUCUUCUCCUUUAUUGACAAUGACAUUUAAAGGGUACAGCGAUAUGAUCUAUAUGUUAAUAAAUAUGGACUUGAAUAUAAACGUUUGCGAUGAAUAUGGAAGAACACCUUUAAUUAUAUCCUCCUGGAAAGGAUACAUAGACAUAGUUAAAAUGUUAAUAGUUAACAAAUGUAAUCUUGAUUGUUGUAGCAAAUAUGACAUGUCUGCUUUAUAUGUUGCAUCAUGGAUGGGGUUUAGUCAUAUUGUUAAGUUGUUGUUAGAGAGUAAAUGCAAUGUAAAUGUUAAGGAACACAAACAUUGGAACCCUCUAUAUAUUGCCUCAGAUUUAGGAUACAACAGUACAGUAGAACUAUUAUUAGAACACAAAUGCAUUAACAAUCUUAGUACAUUUGACCAUAAAUCACCCCUAUACAUUGCUCUUUUAAAGGGACAUUUUGAAAUUUCAGAAAUGAUUUUAAGACCCAUUUGCUGCUCAGAUACCUGUAAUAAAUAUACCAAGUCAACGUUAAGCAUCGUUUUGCAUAAGUUUCACGUAAGGAUUUUUAAUUGUUUUGUUGAACUUUUUAAUGAUAAAAAUACUUUUUACAUAGCAGAAUAUUUCAGAGGUGGUAAUAUUAAAGUUGAUGUUGUAUCUUUAUUAUUAUUGCACAAGUGGAAUGUGAAUAGCUGUGAUGAUAUUUUAAGAGAGUACAAAUUGUCAUUUUUAAUUGCUAUAUCAUACGAAGAUGAAGACGUUGUUUCACUACUGUUGAGAGACAAAAUCAAUGCAAGAUAUUUUUGUCAAGAUGAAAAUUCCCCUCUGAUCAUGUGUUUAGAAAAUGUAAACAUUUUAAAGAUGUUGUUGGAAAAAGAUUUCCACUAUAUUCAUAAGUCAGAUGAUCAGCUUUUAUGUACGGCUGCAUUGAAAGGACUUGAAAAAUCUGCCAAAUUAUUAUUACAGUAUAAUUUUAAUCCAAAUAGGUGCAAUAGAUUUGGUGAGUCACCGCUUUAUUUAGCAUCUAAAAAUGAUAAUGUAGAAAUUGUAAAACUGUUUUUACAAAAUGGUGCCGAUCUAAAUUUAGGCAAUAAAUAUGAUCAAUCACCAUUACAUAUGGCAGCGCAAUAUGAUAGAAUAGAAACAGCUCAAUUAUUGCUAGCCAAUUGUUUUGAUAUUAAUGUCUGUAAUAAUCGCAGAGAAACACCUCUUCACGUUGCCACUUCAUAUGGCAGUAAAAAGGUUGUUGAGUUACUAUUGUCUAAAGGAUGUAAUCCUGGUUUAUUCAACGAUAAAAGUGAGACCCCCCUUUAUAUCGCUACUACCAAAGGCGAUGUAGAAAUUGUAAAAUUAUUACUGAAGAACAAGUGUGAUCCGGAUGUCCAAUCAGCAACACACAUAUCAUGGAAUGCAUUAAAACUUUGUGAAUUCCAUGACCAUGACCGUAAAACAGUAGAUCCAGAUUUGAGGGGAGGAAUGGCAAAUAUCCUCUUCGGCGAAAAAACGAAAGAAAUAAGUGUACGAGGAAAUUCGGCAGAAUUUCCUCCAAUAUAUAUAGCAUCAAAGCUUGGUCAUACAGAAAUAGUCAGAGCAUUGCUAGACCACAAGUGUGAUCCAAACAUUAAUUUUGAAGGACACACUGCAUUGCUGAUUGCAUCAGCUAAAGGACAUGAAGAAGUAGUUCGAAUAUUAUUGGAUUAUGGAAGCAAUCCUCAUUUUUGCAAUCAACAUUAUGAAUCUCCACUUUAUGUUGCUUCUAGUUAUGGCAAUACGGAAAUUGUAAAGUUACUUUUACAUCAUAAGCUUAAUCAUUGGUGUUAUGAAAUGGAAACAGUAGAAGAUAUUGUAAAAACUAUUUUUAAAAAGUCAGCUUUAGAUACUGCUACUAAAAAGGGACAUGAAGAUAUUGUGAAAUUACUUUUAGGUUACAAAAAUCGUCAAUUGGAAAAUGAAUGUCCUUUGUAUGGAACGAUAAUUGGUGGAAAAGUGCCCAUGCUGUAUACAGAAAAAGUUUGCAUAUCACAGAGCAGGAAUAAGAUACAGGAUUAGACUGUAUAGUGCAAAUAAUGAAUAUUUUCACGUAUUUUCUGAUAUAGCGUUUAACGCAUCAGGCAAAUCAGCGAGUUAAUAGUCAUUUUCAAUGUACAUUGGUUAAUUGCAAUUUGUAGAAAUUUAUUUUUAUUCAUGACAGGUGGCAAACAUAAAAUUUACCUUGUGAAGAUGUUUAAAAAGUUUGUGCAAUUUUCUUUUUUAUAUGGUCCUGUUUCUACAUUUUCUUUGCUAGAUAAAUGUAAAUCUGCAAUACAAUAAAAAAUAAAAUUAU